GUAGUUGAGUUUGGUUCGCGAACGUGUGUGGACAUGCUGAAGCGGCUACGUUAGAAGGCCUACCGUAGAGCAAAACAAAAAAAACACCAGCGAAUAUAGCCGCGCGUGCAAACAGUCGUCUAUCCACAACCCCCCAACCCGGCACACCACCCCUCGGCCAGCUGCUUUCUGCCGGUGGUUCGGUUCGCGGAAACUAGUUUCUCCACCCCCCCCCCUUCUAGACGCGCGGAUCUGUCGCAUCGCAAAUCAUCAUCGCCGGCCGCGUCCGUACGUGUGUGAGAAAUUAAUGAAAUGCCCGUGCCGCCGCUUCAUCAAUGAAACAACUAUUCGCCUAAUAGUAAUCCCAAAGAUAGCCAUCCAAAGUGCGCCAGCACAGUUCUGUCCAGUGUUUAACUCACCAUUUUAGUUUGAGAAGAGUGCGUGCCAGCAAACCAGCCACAAAUCGCCAAUUGGAAAGCGGUUAACGAAAAUCUUGCCACAUCGAGGAGGAGACACAACCUGCCACAUAGAGACCGGAUUAUACCGGGACGACAUCCAGUGGGCCAGAGAGUGAUUGGACACACAUGUGUGUGCUGCUGGCUGGUCUUCGAUCAACAAUAUGUUUGACAACAAGUUCCGGCACAGCAAUUGAAUUUAAUAAAAUAAAUUAAACCAAAGGGCUGUCAGUAGAGUCGGAGAGAGAGAGGUCAAAAGCACACUGUUUGAAUUGUUAAUGAGCGGCAACAAAAAGCGUUAAAUGCUGAUGACGUUGCCGCUGUUUCUGCCACAGCCACUGCCACUGCCACAGCUAACGUCUCAGUCAUCGUCGCUGUCAGCGUCGCUGAUUCAACAGUGCUGAAAAGUCAAUUAAAGGCGAAUGCCGGACUGGUCUGGACUGAAAAGCCAUUGGCUAACUUGGCCAGAACGCAGCAGCUAACCGAAAGGAGGAAAGCAGACACAAAGCAACGACAGCCGGAGCCGGGGAAAAAGCCAGACGAUAGAAGCCAGUGAGUGGGUAAUGAGCGGACGACUGGCAAUUACCAUGUCGUUCGCCAAUCUCCUUGGCCAGAGCCUGGGCCUCCUGCUCCUAGUCCUGGCAGUGGUGCACGUGCCCAGUGCCCGGGGACUGGCCAACUGCCCCAAUGGGUGCGAAUGCGACGACGACACACUGAUGGUCAACUGUGGCGAGGGCUCCCUGGAUGUCCUGCCCAUCGCCCUCAACCCCGCCAUCCAGCGGCUCGUCAUCAAGAACAACAAGCUGAAGACAAUCGACUCGUCGAUGCAGUUCUAUACGCAGCUCACUUUCUUAGAGCUGUCCUUCAACGACAUGGUCUCCAUUCCGGAGCUCUCCUUCAAGUACCACGCCAAGCUGCAGGAGCUCCACCUGGACCACAACAAGAUCGGCCAGGUCUCUAACAAGACCUUCCAAGGCCUCUCCACCAUCAGCGUGCUCAACCUGCGCGGUAACCUCAUCGCCGAGCUGGAGUACCGCACCUUCUCCCCCAUGGUGAAGCUGGCGGAGCUGAAUCUCGGCCAGAACCGCAUCAGCCACAUUGAUCCGCAUGCCCUGGAUGGGCUGGUCAAUUUGCGAGUGCUCUACUUGGAUGACAACUCGCUGACCACGGUGCCCGGAGAACUGACCUUCCAGGCUCUGCCGGCCCUGGCGGAACUUUACUUGGGUACUAACUCCUUUAUGACGAUUCCCGGUGGGGCUUUCCAAGAUCUUAAGGGUCUGACCCGCUUGGACCUGCGCGGAGCCGGGCUUCAUAAUGUUUCAGGAGAGGCUCUCAACGGCCUAGAGGCCCUCCGCUACUUGGAUCUCUCGGAUAACAGCCUAGCGGCGAUUCCCACAGCCGCUCUGCAGAGGCUGGGGCGCCUGGAGCAGCUCAGCAUUGGCCAGAACGACUUUGAAGUAAUACCAUCUGGAGCCUUCGCUGGUCUUCGGGAGCUGCGGCAACUGGAGCUUACCGGCGCCAAGCGUCUGCGGCGUGUGGAGAACGGUGCCUUCAGCGGCAACACCAAUCUGGAGCACCUGAACCUCUCCAGCAACAAGCAGCUGAGCGAGCUGCCAGCCACCGCCCUGGGAGGUCUGCCCCAUCUGAGCACAGUGGUGCUGAAGGCGAACCAGCUGGGCAGCCUGGACGAGGGCCUGGUGCCCUGGGCCGAUCUCCAGAGCCUGGAUCUCUCCGAGAAUCCCUUCGUGUGCGACUGCCGACUGCUGUGGUUGCACCACCUGCUGAUCAGUCGGAAUGCCACUGGCCAGUUUGCUCCGGUAAACUGCGCCUAUCCGGCGACUGUGCGGGAUGUGCCCCUGGCCCAGCUGGCAGAGCCCAUCCUGGGCUGUGCCCACGGAGCGGCCAGUAAGCAGGCCAUCAUCGGCAUCCUGCUGGUGGCGUGCGCCGCCCUGAUCACGACGUUAGCCCUGCUGCUCUACACCUGCCGCCGUCGGAUACGGGAGCUGCUGAAGGGCCACUCGGCGCUGGGACGGAAGGAGCGCGAGUACCAGAAGACCUUCUCGGACGAGGAGUACAUGGCCAGGCCGCCGGGCGGGAUCGGAGGCGUGCACCCGUCAGCAGGUGGUUAUCCGUACAUGGGCGGCAGCAGCCGCCCCAUACCUGUCACCGAGCUAUAGCUAGAAGCACCACCCCCGCCUCAGUUGCGGGGUCGGGGUGGCGCCAUCAAUGCCGCCAAUGCGGCGGCGGUGCAGCAAAUGCAGGCUCCCAGCGCCGUGGACCAAGCCUCCUCUUCCUUCGCCCAGCUCAGCCACAUCCACUACAUGACCAAUAACGGUGCCCCGCGCGCCCAGACGCCCAAGACGAUCCACCACUCGCAGCAGGACAUGCGUCUGCUGGCCUGCAACGGCGGCAAGACCCUGAACGUGGCCUCCCUGCCCCGCCACCGUCAGACCGCCGCGGUGGUGCAGGAGAGCACGCUGUCGCACUACAGCCAACCACUUGCCAACGGAAUCCGCCUCACCCAGGACCACUUCAACCACAACCAACCGAACCACGGCUACGGCGGGGUGUACGCCAAGCCGUGCGACGCGAUGACCGAGCCGGGCUACAUCCACAACAACUCCCACUACUCGCUGCCCCUGGACCACGACCUGCCGCCCAGCCCCACGCCCACGCCACCGCCUCCGGCUCUGCCGCUCCGCAACGGCGUGGGCAUGGCGCUCAUCCACGGCAACACCACCGGACGCCGAUCCUUCAACAGCAGCAUCAACAACAACAACGUAGCCACGCUUUCGAAUAACAACCAUCACGGCGGGGCAUUGGGAAUGGUGGGCGCCGGCAACAACAAUGGGAGCCUGCGUCGGUACCACUGAUAUCCGGCCAAGACGUGCGGCACCUUGGGCCGCACCGUAAUCAAGCCUCGGCCGGACCCGGACAUCGAGCUGCAUUACUUCUACAAGGGCUGAGUUGGGGCCGAGAGUGGCGCGACGGGAGCGAUCUAAUUUAAUAUCUUAUUCUAGUGUAUAUUCCUACGUUACGUGUAUUCAGGCGAAAGCAUUCUGUAUAAAUUAGGAUUUAAUUCGAAAGGUUGUCGAGAGGGUGGGUACUAAAGGAUGCAGGACAAGGCACAAAAUGGCUGCCGGUAGCUGAACUACUUGGAGGAGUAACGACAGGCUUACAAGCACCCCGUUCUGCCAUUUCAUUUGCAUCCAGUGAUCUUAUUCAUUAAGUUUUGCUUAAACGCACUUCAAUUCAUGUACAUAAUUAGAAGCUCUUAAAAACAAUGUUUGCGACCACAAAUAAAUCAAAUAUUUAAAGAAAGAAAAUUGAAAAAAAACGAUGCCCCAGAAAUUAAUUUACUUUAUUAUAUAACAUUAAGCUAAGCGCUUAAGCACCAGUCAUUAAAACUAUGUAUGUAUUGUAUUUAGCCUAAACUAUCACAAAAGAAUAUUCCAAAAAUAAAUAAAAGAAAGCUAAACAAACGUAAAGUAAAGUAAAUUAUAUGCAAAACCUAAAAAUAGAACUCAGCAGUUUUUAUAGUUAAUAGACUCAGUAAAAUAAAAGCCGGCAUAUAUUGCAUAAAAGGUCUUUGCAGAGCGAGAGACGACACAAAUACAAAACAAAAGGCAUUAAAACUUCACAAUAUUCAUGUAGAACCUACGCCGCAUUCACAAAAUAUGAAACCAUAAGCAAUUUAUGCAACAUAAACAAAUACAAAUAAACCUAUAUACGAAUUACUAUAUUGUGUAAAUAAAAAAAAAAUGGCUAUCUCGAAAACUUA